CUCCCCUCCCUCUCUCUCUCUCUCUCACUCACUCACUUGAAGCUGCGCGCCCCUGCUUGUUGGCUGGUUUAGUGGAAUUUUUUCCAGACUCCGUAAACUUAAGGACAAAUCGGUGACGUGACUUUAUUUUUCUGAAUUGAACAGUUGACCUUCAACGGGGUCCCAACACACUGGGGAAAACAUUGGUCGUUGCAAUAUCAGCACCUGCCGUCUUUGUUCUGAAGAUCUCAGGAAGUUUCACGCCCUCCCCCCAACUCCCCACCCCACCCUCCCCACCCAGAAGGAGCAAUGAGCAACAGCGGGGCGAGAGAGGGACCAGCCAGGCAGGGCGCUGCAGCUCCCAAGCAGCCUGCUCCAGCCGAACCAGUGAGGAGAGGUCGCGGAAGGCCAAAGAAGCAGCCUCAAGAGCCUGCUGGUCCUCCCACACCCAAAAGACCUCGAGGAAGACCAAUAGGCAGCAAGAACAAGGAACCUCGAGCUGUGCAGAAGAAAGCAGAGCCACCGAGAGUCAAGCGGCCUAGAGGAAGACCAAGGAAAUGGCCUCAACGGACACAACAGGAAGAGCAGGAAGGAACUCAGCAGGAGGAGGCUGGAGAGGGAGCAGAGGCACCAUCGACUUCAGGAGGCAACUGAGCACCUCACAGUAAUAUCCUACCUCAUUGGCUGGGCAACCGUUGCCUAGCAAGCCAUGAAGAUUGCAACAACAAGAAAACUUCUUUUUUCUUUAUUUUUUGUUUUUUUUUAAUUAUAAACCUCCUUCUGCCACACUGUGCCACUGCCAUGUUGGACAGCAGAUUUCAGAAACUGGCAUGAAACCUUUUUCACAGGGAAAGGUCUUAAUGGGUUCCUAUUCUUAAGAAAAUUAAUAAGCAUCAGUUUACAAAUUCAGUCAUGUGGGCACAGGGUUUUUUUUCUCCUUUAAGAAAUAUAUUUAAAAUGGUUACUGGACAACCUGACUUAGCUGUGUUUGGCAGGUGUCAUUGCGAUGUCCAUUCCUUUGGUGGCUUUUUUCCCAGUUAAAUUUUUUUCCACACAAAGCAAAAUAUUGGAACUGUUUUCAAAAAUCCUGUUCUUCCUCUUGGAAGGGAAUAGGGAAUGGCUUAAACACAGGAAGAGGGAAAGUGGUAAACCCCCCCCCCCCCCCCCCCCCCCCCCACCGUCACAGAGUAGGUUUGGCCACAGGUGAAAAUAGGCCCCAGUUCUGAAUCUACAUCAUUGUCCGAUCUUGCCAGCAAUGUGGAAUUUUCACCCCAUUUAAGACUAAUCCCUUCUUUCCCCAUGAUGAGGUGGAAGGGCAGGUUUUAUUCUCCAUCUCCUUGUAACGUAUCCCCAUUUUUAAUCUGUCAUGAUAUGCCAAGCAGAGGCAAGAACUGCAGUCACCGGGGUGACCUUCGCUGUGAGGAUGGCGGCCAUUGUCCAGCCAACUCUCCCCUGGCCCAACACAUUCCAACUCUGAGGUGGCGGCAGUGAGGGAGGCCGUCUUCCUUGCAUCCUCUUCUGCAGGUGUGGCCCCUCCAAUCACCACUAACUCCACAAAAUCCAAAGCUCAGGGUCUUUAAAAAGGGAACCCUUCUGUUUCUUAACGCUUGGAAUUUACCGCCAUCUCUCCUUCCUGUUUUUCUUCAUCCUGCUAAAAGUCUUUAAAAAAAUUCUCAAGGAAAUAGCAAUUCUCAAUUUUAACCGUAUCCAGAAAAGCUCUAACCAUUCUCCGAUUGGUAGUGUGAUGAGGUGGGUGCUGUUAAAAAGAUGGGGGGGCAAACAACUCAACCCAAAACCAGACAUGGUUGAAUCACCAGGGGAUUUUAAAUCUCCUUCUGAGCCAACCUGUUGUUGGGUAGGAGCCUGUGGUGAUUCACUCGAUUGAGGUCCAGGCUUUAAAAUCACCAGGGCCUCUUGGGUACCAAGGCUUUGUAGUUCUUCCCCAUCCCCACCCUCUGUACCUACUCCCUUGGCACAGUUGUGUUCAGGGGUGGGAUGCAGGCUUCAAGUGUCCAACAUCCAAGUUGUGGAAUUAUUUACAGGAACCUUGAGCUUCAGGAGAUUUUGUUUCCCUUAGACACCCAGGUAGGUGAGGUUUUUCGAUUGAAAAUCAAUCUGCUGCACAUGCCUUAAAUACUUCACUAAUGUGCAGAAUCGUACUAAAUUCUCGCCACAAGCAAACGCAAGUAAAAUAGCCAAUCGUAAUGUUGGCCUUUGUGUUCACCAAGAUGAUUGGGCUCUGCCUGACCCUGAGCAGGUAUGCUGCCCAAGGUUCUUCCAGCAAUAGGAGGAACCAGUAUGGAAAGCCCAUGAGGUUCUCUGGCAUUCUCUACAAUGUCUAGAAGGCCAGCGGGUCAAAGUGACUAUUGGGCAAUGAUUCCAUCAAAGAGGGAUCUCCACCCAUUCCACCCCCCGUCAUCUAGUCCAUCAUUCCCUGUGUACGUCAGCAUAUUGGUAUCUCAUCCCAGAUAUCUAGCCACCACAGACCUACCUGCUAUGGAGUACUGAUCCCACCUUGGUUAAUUACAUGGCAUUGGAACAGAGGAGGUGAGUAGAGGGGUGGAAUAUAUUGGAGAAUAUCUGGUUAAUAUAGAUGAAGAAACAGUGUUUAAAUUGGGAUACUAACCCAGAGAGAGAGACGACCUCUUUGGAAGAUUUACCCAAGGUAGUGUGUAUAUGAUUAAGUUCGCAUGGGAAUGACACCUGACAAACCAGCUGAGAGAUAUUGGGCUGUAACUAGUUAAGAACAUUGUUUUUUUUUUCAUUUCAAUGGCUUUUUUAAGAGACUAACUGGUCCCUUCCCCCCCUCGUGUUUUGCUUUGGGGAAAGGGCGCUCUGGUAUAUAUUUUUUUCUUCUGUUUUUGUAUUGUUUUGCUUUAACCGGUUGUGCGCGACGAUGUGUUUGGCGGCCUUGCAUAAGCUGCAGUUCGAAAUGUGUGCUCAGUCCAAACCGCGGCCAGUUUCUUGACCAUAGACUCUGUUGGCAUUGUGCCUGGGUUUGGGGAAGAGGAUGGUCCCCAGCGGGCCACCCUCAUUCGUUUCAGGUGACCUGUUGUCAGGAUUCGAAACCGAUCUAACACUGUAAUAUUUGCAGUCUGGUUGAUUUGAGGCUUAAAACUAAGGCCUCCAUUUUUGGA